AUGCCCUCGAACACUCUCUACGUCACCAAGCGCGGCUCUUUCUCAUUCGUCCUCGGUCUCGUCGCCAGCGCCCUCUUUCGAAGAUUUGAGGCGUUGCGGCUCGACAAGAAGACGCCGCCGAGCGCGCUGUUCAUUCCAAACAGAAAGUCCGGGGAUGGAAAACCGACCAAAGUGCGUCGCCUGCGCGCAAGCGACGCGUCGAAGGGGUUCUACGAACUGUUGUCUCAGCUCACCGAGGUCGGGAAAGGGGACUUCGGUCGACGGUUUCGAGAGAUUACGAACGGGUGCGAGCGCGUGUACGUGAUCGAGAGCGAAGACGGAUCGCGGAUAGUCGCGAGCGGCACUUUGGUGCUCGAGCGGAAGUUUACUAGGAAUUGCGGGACGUGUGGACACAUCGAGGAUGUCGUCGUGGACGAGGGCGAGCGAGGGAGAGAUCUCGGACGUGUAAUCGUGGAGGCGCUCACGCGCGCGGCGGAGGCGUGCGGUUGCUACAAGGUGAUCCUGGAUUGUAACGAGUCCAACGUCGGGUUCUAUGAGCGAUGUGGGUUCAAGAGGAAAGAGGUGCAGAUGGCGAAGUAUUUCAUUUAG